AUGUCGCUCAGACAGACACAAGGAAGAGAAAUGAACGGUCAAGCGGACGUCGAAGUCGACUACAAGCGAAAAUACAAGAAUCUCAAACGAAAAUUAAAAUUUCUGGUGUAUGAACAUGAAUGCUUCCAAGAGGAACUGAGAAGAGCACAGAGAAAACUCCUGAAAGUGUCGCGGGAUAAAAGCUUCCUUCUGGACCGACUGCUUCCGUAUGAGAGAGUAGAUGAAGACUCAUCAGAUUCCGAUGCGACAGUUUCUUCAGACAACAGUGAGAGUGAAGUACUGCGGGAGAGGGAACGAGAACGGGAAGGAGCGAAGAAGCGAAGAAAUAGCCCCAGCACGUGUCUGCCGCCAUCAACCUCACCUCACCUGUCCCUAUUAUCCCGUCCAGGCACACACCCACUUCAGUCUUCCGCCACUGGAACUUACCUCAAUGCUAUGCCCUUCCCACCUGAGUAUUUGGCUCCCACUGCUGAGCGAGUGAAGAAAGAGAGGAAACCAAAGGUGCCCAAAAACAAGAAAAGUGCAACCGGCAAGGUGGUUGCACCCAUGACCGCCAAUUACCCAUCAGGCCAGACGGCUGCUUCGGCCACUGGCGGCCCCUUCAGCUGGGUCCCCCGUCAAAUGCUCAGCGGGGACGCCGCCGAGGAGGACGGCGAGAGCGACGUCGACAGCGACAGAGGAGACGAAGACCGGGGCGAGGGGGAUGAAGCCGAGCUUGUCAUUGACAUCCCUAAUGAGUGA